CUCUCUCUCUCUCUCCAUCUCUCUCUCACUCUCUCGCUCUCUCUCUGUUCUCCGGUCACUCUAUUCCCCGGAAUCUCUCUGUCAAGAGAGAGAACCGUGGGAUUCUCUCGUUGGUGGAAGAAUUUCUUAGAUUCCCUUGUUGGUGUUUGAAGAUUCUGGUGGCUGUGAUGGUAAUGUGGGUUUGAUUGGGUUUAUAGUUCUUUCAAAUGGAUUCUUCUCUCGAGGGAGCUGGAGCUGAUCCGUCGAAAUGCGGCAAAAUGAGCAUUGAUGAAAGGAGACAGCUUGUUUACGAACUGUCUAAACAGCCACGUCUAGCUUCUGAAGUGUUGCAGACAUGGAGCCGCCAGGAAAUUCUACAGAUCUUGUGUGCAGAGAUGGGAAAGGAGAGAAAAUACACAGGCCUGACUAAAGUGAAGAUCAUCGAGACCCUUUUGAAAAUUGUAUCUGAGAAAAAUUCCGGAGACGAUGAACGAGAGACAGAUUCUUCACCGGGCCAGAUAAACUCCAAGCGUCAGAGGAAGGCUGAUAACCCUUCUCGUGUUAUCGUUUCAACGAGCAAUGUAUCGGUGACUUGUAGUUCCCUUCAUACUGCAGGUGAGAAUGCUGUGUACUGCAAAAACUCCGCUUGUCGGGCUGUGUUGAGGCAGGAAGAUAAAUUUUGCAGAAGGUGUUCAUGUUGCAUCUGCCAUAAGUACGAUGACAACAAAGAUCCUAGUCUCUGGUUGACCUGCAGUUCAGACCCUCCGUUCUCUGAUGAUUCUUGUGGCUUGUCGUGCCAUCUUGAGUGCGCUUUCAAGAAUGAUAAGUCUGGUCUCGGGAAAGAUAAGCGAAAGGCUGCUCUUGAUGGAUGCUUCUACUGUGUUUCUUGCGGGAAAACAAACGGCUUGCUUGAAUGUUGGAAAAAGCAGUUGAUUAUCGCAAAGGAAACGAGAAGGGUAGACGUACUUUGUUACCGUCUUUUCUUGGGACAGAAGCUUCUAAAGGGCACGAAGAAGUACCAAAAGCUAUCUGAGAUUGUGGAGAAAGCAGUGAAGAAUCUUGAAGAUGAAGUGGGUACUUUGACUGGACAUCCGAUGAAGAUUGGCAGGGGAAUUGUCAACAGACUCCAUUCGGGACCGGAGGUGCAGAAACUAUGCUCUUCCGCCCUAGAAUUUAUCGAAAAGAUACCGUCAGAUGUUGGAUUACAUCCAUCACAGGGCUCCAAGACACAAGAUACAGCAAUCACAGGAUCAACCAAGAUUAGAUUUGAGGAAGUUCAUGCAACGGCACUCACGGUUGUUCUUGGUGCAAGCGAAUCUUCUUCCUCACCAGCCAACAUUGUUCAUUACAGUAUAUGGCAUCGGAAGGUCAUGGAAAAGGAGUACCCGACAAAGUCAACUUGCACGCUAUUUACACCAAACACGAGAUUUGUGGUCUCGGGAUUGGCUCCAUCCUCGGAGUAUUGUUUCAAAGUUGUAUGCUUUAGCGGCACCCGAGAGUUGAACACCGAUGAAAUCAACGUCUCUACUCCAACUUCUGAAGAAGAAGCUGUGAACUGCUCAUCUGUUGUUGAAAGAAGCGAAAGCCCGUUAACAAACUGCAGCAGUUUGUCUACUCCCUCUUCUGUGGAAGCCGAAUCUAACAAUGAUUACAUCUCUUACCGGAAGAAACCCGAGGACAAGAGCAUUGUUCCACUGAAUUUAUCAAACCAUGGGGAGGAUUCUCCUUCCACUGAGGAUAAUAACACUGUGAAAAGGCCGAGCUUGGAACCCGAUUCUGACAUUACACAGAUUGAGAGGAACAACUCCUCGGAAGAACAGUUGGAGCUGAAGGAAGUUGUUCCAGACACUCCUGUUCCUGUCUCGAGAGAUCUCGUCAGCAACCGAAACACGUCAGAAACCAGUUUGCCCAUCACUCCAUUCAGAUCAGACCAGAUCAAGAAUCGCCAGGGAAGAACCGGAAAAUCUAAAACAAGCGUUGAAAACGCGAGCACAUCCAAGCAGAAAGGGGAUGUGACCAAUGGCGAGCAUUCGGCGAACUGCGGUUCAGACAGCAGUUUCGAGCACUGUGUGAAGAUCAUGAGACAGCUCGAAUGCUCAGGACACAUCGAGAAGAGUUUCAGACGGAAGUUCCUGACGUGGUACAGUUUGAGGGCGAGGCCUCAGGAGAUUAGGGUCGUGAAGAUUUUCAUCGAUACAUUCGUGGAUGAUCCUUCUGCGUUGGCAGAGCAGCUGGUGGACACGUUUUCAGACUGCGUUUCGAGCAAGCGUUCUGCGUUUGGCGGUGCGUCCGCGGUCGUACCCUCUGGAUUCUGCAUGAAGCUGUGGCAUUAGACGACGACUGGACUGCUAUUCAAUUAUUGAAAACUGCCGCUUGUGUUCAAUCAUUUAAACAUUUAACGUAUCUCUCGGAAUUUUCAUUGUUGGAACAUUUCCAUGCAAGAAGAAUAGCAAGUAAUUGGUACGGCUCCUGUUCAUGAUGACGUGGAAUUUUCAGUAUUCAGAUUUUUA